AUGCUGCCGAUUUACUUGUGCUUACGAAUGAUAUCAAGUUAUUUGGUUCAGAUCAAGGUAUCACUUUUCGACACUAAAUACUCAGGUCUCUGGGUACCAUCCAAAGACUGCGACGUUAGUCAACCUGCUUGCUCGGAACAUAAUAAAAACGACAAUACGAUGUCCUUGUCAUACGUCAGACAUGGAUUACCAUUUUUAUCUAUAGAUACCAUAAGGAUUGGACGUUUUAUACUUAAAUCACAGACGUUCGGAGAGGUUUUCAAUUUCCAUCCAACAAUGUUUUGGUCACAAUGGGACGGCGUUCUGAGGAUGGGUUAUCCCGCCUUAUCUCUCUUUAAUGAGACGCCUACUAUUGUCUCCAAAAACGAGAUUCAUGAAAAAAUCGUUGCACCAACUUUUAGCUUCUAUCUGAAUCGAAAGCACAACUUACAUUCCAACGGUGAACUACUAUUGGGUGGCACUAAUCCUUCCCGUUACGAGGGCGAGUUGACGUAUGUGGAUGUUACCCGGCAAAAAUACUGGCAAUUUAAAAUAGAUAAGAUUAAAACAGAAAGGAACACCUUUUGCUCGGAAGGCUGUCAAGCUAUCCUCGACACGGGCUUCUCUAUGAUAGCUGGACCACCGCAGACUAUCGUAGCUCUUAAGCUAGAGAUUGGUUUUAAUGAAAUUGUGGCGUGCCGCGAGAUUCCUAAUUUGCCUCAUAUCAAAUUCGUCAUAGGUGGUAAGACGUUUCGACUCACUGGCCAAGAUUAUGUCAGGAAGGUCACAGAAGACCGAUGCAUUUGCAUGCUCCAAAGUAUUCCAUAUAACCAUCUUUUAAAGAACUUCUAA